UUUGGGGUGCUUGCCCAGUUGUGUCUAAAGCUGGUUUUAAAUAUUUUGUUACCUUUGUUGAUGACUAUUCCCGUAUGACAUGGCUGUAUUUCAUGAAACGUCGAUCUGAGUUGUUCACUCAUUUUUCUUCCUUUUGUGCUGAAAUUAAAACUCAGUUUAACGUUCCUGUUCGGGUGUUAAGAGGAGACAAUGCCCAAGAAUAUCUAUCUGCUACAUUUAAGUCAUUUAUGCUUCAACAUGGCAUUAUUCAUCAAACUUCAUGCGUUGACACACCUCCUCAAAAUGGAGUUGCAGAACGAAAGAACCGACAUCUGUUAGAAACUGCAAGGGCUCUUCUAUUCCAAAUGAAUGUGUCUAAACAGUUUUGGGCAGAUGCCGUGUCUACUGCAUGUUUUUUUGAUAAAUCGAAUGCCAUCUUCUGUUUUGAAUGGUAAAGCUCCUUAUCAUUGUCUAUUUCCAAACAAAGAGCUUUUUCCUAUCCCACCUAAAAUAUUUGGUUGCACUUGUUUUGUUAGAGAUGUUAAUCCCCAUCUUACAAAGUUAGAUCCCAAAUCAUUAAAAUGUAUUUUCUUGGGUUAUUCUCGAGCCCAAAAGGGGUAUAGAUGUUUUUGUCCGAGUACUGGUCGGUAUCUUGUUUCUAUUGAUGCAUCAUUUCACGAAAAUACACCUUUUUCAUCAUCUAAGGAAGAUAUUCAUGAGAGUAAUGAUGAUAUACUCAUUUACACGAUGACUAUUCCAGAGUCCACACUUUCGACAAAUAUUCCACAAGUUACUGUUCCUGACCCUAGGUCUCCUGUACAUUUGGUAUACACCCGUCGACACAAAGCACCUGAUCGCCCUCCACCGGCGAUACCUGUGAUUACUUAUCCUGAUACUAGUUCGACUCCGAUCUCAUGUCCUGAACCAGUACCUGCAUCUUCAGAUCUUGUCUCCGCAUCAGAUCUUGACCUCCCAAUAGCACUACGUAAAGGUACACGGUCUUGUACUCAUCCUAUCUCUUCAUUUGUGUCGUACAAUCAGUUAUCUCCUGCUUCAUGUUCUUUUAUUGCUUCCGUUGAUUCUAUUUCUGUUCCCAAAUCUGUCAAAGAAGCUUUGUCUCAUCCUGAAUGGCGUCAUGCCAUGGUAGAGGAAAUGAAUGCUUUAGAUCUUAAUGGUACUUGGGAUUUGGUUGACUUGCCUACAGGGAAGAAAUCUAUUGGAUGUAAGUGGGUCUUUGCUGUU